ACAAAUAAUUAUCCAAAAUAAAUGAAUAAUUCCAUCCGUAAUUAGUUUCCAAUUUAACAAACAUUUCCCCAAAAAAAUCCGGCCUAAAGAUCCUCAAAGUCUUCACCAGCUAACCAAUCAUUAUUGAAUCCUUAUCUGUUUCGAUCCUUUCAAUAUAAAAACCCCUUCUUUGGGAUCUCCACCAAUCUCUCUCUCAAAGAGUCAAAGCCAAAAAAAAAAAACCCAGAAAAACUAGGGAAAUUUUGAGAGAAAAAUGUCGAGUAAAAACGAAGUCUUUAUCGGAUCCGUUGAUCAGGGAACGACGAGCACUCGAUUCAUCAUCUACGAUGGAGACGCGAAGGCCAUUGCUUCUCAUCAAGUCGAGUUCACCCAGUUCUACCCUGAAGCGGGAUGGGUCGAGCACGAUCCAAUGGAGAUUCUGGAGAGCGUGAGGGUUUGCACUGCGAAGGCGCUAGACAAGGCUGCGGCUGAUGGGUAUAAUGUAGAGGCUGGGUUGAAGGGGAUCGGGAUCACAAAUCAGAGAGAGACGACUGUCAUCUGGAGCAAGUCGACGGGGUUGCCUCUUUAUAAGGCGAUUGUUUGGAUGGACGGACGAACUAGCUCAAUCUGCAGGAGGUUAGAGGGCACUCUUUCAGGUGGGCGAGAACACUUCGUCGAUACUUGUGGUCUACCCAUCAGCACCUAUUUCAGUGCUCUCAAGAUCCUGUGGCUGAUGGAAAAUGUCGCUGCUGUCAAGGACGCUAUAAAAUCAGGAGAUGCCCUCUUCGGUACGAUCGACACGUGGCUCAUAUGGAACCUCACCGGAGGCUCUGGGGCCGUAGAAUCAAUCAAGGGAUUGCACGUCACUGAUUGCUCAAAUGCAUCCAGAACCAUGCUCAUGAACCUUCAAACUCUAAACUGGGACCAACCCACAUUAGAUACGUUAGGAAUUCCCAUUGAAUUAUUACCCAGGAUAGUCAGCAACUCAGAGCCCAUUGGUAUUGUUGCAAAGGGAUGGCCCCUUGCAGGGAUCCCAAUUGCUGGCUGCCUCGGUGAUCAGCAUGCAGCAAUGUUAGGCCAGUUAUGUCAAAAAGGACAAGCUAAAAGUACCUAUGGUACCGGUGCGUUUAUCCUCCUCAACACUGGUGAAGAGAUAAUCCGAUCAUCUCAUGGACUACUUACUACGAUGGCGUAUAAAUUAGGCCCCAAUGCAACUGUGAAUUACGCGCUUGAAGGGUCAAUUGCAAUUGCUGGUGCAGCUGUUCAGUGGCUUAGGGAUGGGCUUGGACUCAUUGGAAGUGCUGCAGAGAUUGAGGGGCUUGCUGAGUUGGUGGAAAAUACAGGUGGUGUGUAUUUUGUACCAGCGUUCAAUGGGCUUUUUGCCCCAUGGUGGAAGGACGAUGCUAGGGGUGUAUGUGUUGGGAUCACAAGGUUCACUAAUAAGGGGCAUAUAGCACGUGCAGUGCUCGAGAGCAUGUGCUUUCAGGUGAAGGAUGUGUUAGACUCGAUGCAGAAGGAUUCUAACGAGGGAGGGGCAGGAGAGAGCAAUGGUAGGGAGUUUUUGCUUCGAGUUGAUGGGGGUGCCACUGUGAAUAACCUUUUGAUGCAAAUACAGGCUGAUCUCUUGGGCAGCUCGGUGAUCAGACCUGCUGAUAUCGAGACCACAGCUCUCGGUGCAGCAUUUGCGGCUGGCUUAGCCACUGGAGUCUGGACCGAGGCACAAAUCUUUGCAUCAGGGAACAAAGACAAGGCAACCAUCUUCAACCCCAAAUUGGGUGAAGAACUGAGGAAGAAGAGGUGUGAUUCUUGGUUUAAGGCUGUUUCCAGGGCUUUCGAUCUCGCUGACUUGUCUUAGCCUCCCUCGUUGUUUCUCUUCUCAAGUGCAUAUCCUUUGUCUAAUUUAUUGAAUAACUUGUGCAUCGUGUACAUUCUAAGCAUUGGACUUGUGUUAUUGUUUCAUCUUUUUCUCCUAGCCAUAACUCGGCACUUUUGUGAAAUUGUGUCAAUUAUAUAAUUCAAAGGUCUCAUUGUUAUUGA